AUGACUAGUUCCGACGACAUAAAUCAUCCUAAGGGUUCAAAACAUGUGGUACGAAAGCGCAAGAGAGAGAGUAAGUCAAGUGGACAACUAGUUCCCACAUCUCCAAAUGAAGCUGGCAAACGACAUAAAAGAGCUACGAGAGCAUGUGAGCGUUGUCGCAAUAAAAAGAUAAAAUGCGAUAUUGAACGUGAUAUUGCUUGCAAUGCGUGUGUCGAUGCAAACGUGAUAUGCGAGUCAGGCAACGGAAAGCACACGGAAAUCAAAAAGUAUCCUCCAGGAUACACUGAGUGCCUAGAACAUAGUAACCAGGCCAUGAUACUUGUUACCGACAAGCUCUGGCGUAUGGUAAAGAAUAGAGAGGAAUGGACUUUUGCAGAGCCUAGGAUGAAGGAUGGAGGGAAAGGACCUGUGGUUAUUCAUGAUAUAGCUCAGGCACUUGGAUGUAUACGCAAUGCACCUGGACUUCCAGAAAACUUCAUCGAGGACGCUCCAGCUCUACUGGCUCGAUUAUCGGCAGAAUCUUUAGCGGAAGAGAGUUCUCAACUCGAGCAGGGGAUCCAGACCGAAGCCCCCAGGUCUAGCGAAGGGGCAGCUUCACCGGAAUCUAUCGAGGAGGAAACUUCCCCAGAAACUCCACCAACAUUCUCCAAAUGGCUACCUUCUCUACCGAUAUAUCAGUCAAACCCAUUUACUUCUUUACCGGAGACACAUCGUAGUUUAGAUGAGCCUUCCAUUCAACCCCAGCAGCAAUCAGUAACUCAAGAUCGAACACUAGACAACUCUAGAAUGUCACAUGGACCCACGAUUAAGUCAGCGAGUACGAGCCAAUUUCCAAACGUCAACGUGCUUGUAGGAAACAUGAUGAAUGAUUCAUCAAACUUUCCGGCGAGGGAAUCAUUUAGCAACCGAAACACCGCGGCUGUGGAUGUCCGUCGAGCACCUGGACUAAAGAUACAACCACAGCCUUACAACUCUCAAGAGCAACCAGCGUUAUCUGCCUCUACAGUAUCAUCGUUCUCUACCACACAUCACACAAACUCGCCAUUACAGUCUACCAACUCAACAUUCUCACCUGUUUACCAGGCAAGCACACCAUUGUCAUAUUCUGAACAUUCCAAUCAAUUCGAUGCUUCGUCAUCUUCAUCGCCAUAUCUUUCUCACUUGCAAAAAGAUCCAUGUCUUUCCCCUAGUCCGGCUCUUGACGACUUCUCGAAUCCACAAUUCUACGACCCCGACAUGUUAUUAUUCAACACCCAAGGUGCCGGUAACUCUUUCGACGAAGCAUCUUACUUGACAUCGAAUGACCUCAUGUUUGGCUCGGGCUUCGAUGAACCAGUCGGGGACUUUUCGUCUGUAGAUGAAUCUUACCGCCAGGAUUUGUCAAAUUACUAA